CACAAGUGAGACAAAACCGAGUUUAAUGAGCUGGCUGCAGCCGGAACACAUGAGACUGCCGCAGCACUUGUCCCUGGCCAACAACGGAUCGAGGCAACUAUUAAUGGCAACAGGCUGGAAGUUUAUGCGAAAAGUUUCUGAAAGUAAUACGCAGAGAAAACACAAACCGAGCUAAGUCCUCCCAUCAAGCAACAAUAAAAUCGCUGGGGAAAAGCGCUUAAAUCAGCACAAGAAACCGAAAGGAACCGGGCGAGGAGGAAGAAAUCCGCAGAAAACUUUUCCGGCAACGGAUUUCCAUUCUCCCGAGCACCGGCAUCACCAUCACCAUCAUCAUCAUCAUCGUCCCACAGCUCCGUUGUUAUUGUUUCGCCAAGGAUUACAUAUUAUGCGAUAAACAUGAAAUACACAAACGAUACACGACUCAUUGUGUUCAUUUGCUGUUUGCUGCAAGGUUUUGCUGUGGGCCUGCGCAUGAUAAAGGUAUCCAUUCCCGCCUACAAGCUGCGCGGCGAGUCCGCCUUCCUGGAGUGCCAGUAUGAGCUCAAUAGGACACAUCACACGGUCACGGGUGUGCAGAGUCACUCGGAGCAUGACCACGCCCAUGGGCACCAGAGUCAUGGCGGAGAGUUCCACUACCCGGAUGGUGGCGAGGGGCUGGAGGAGGACCGGUCGCCAUACCGCUCCCGGAUGCGCCAGAAUCAGCGGCAACAUGGCCAGCGCCAACGGCAGCGUGAGCCCAUCGCCAUGCGGCAGUACCAGAGUCAACAGAGCCACCAGCUGCCGCCAGCUCCGCCGGAGAAGUCGCCCUACGGGCACAGUGUCUACCGGGGCAGUGCCGCCUCCGGAUAUCUGGGUGCUGCCCACGUGGGCGCCAGCACCCACAGCGGUUCCGUGUCCGUGAGCAGCAACGGAGGCGGUGGCGGCGGCGGUAACGGCGGUCCGGCGGCCUAUAUGCCCGAGUUCGAUCGGGCGGACAGCUUCGACGACAGCAUCGACCGCGAGGAGGAGGACGAAGAGGAGGAGGAGGAGCAGCGCGAGGAGGGCGAGGCCCUGUACGCCAUCAAGUGGUACAAGGACAACGAGGAGUUCUACCGCUAUGUGCCAAAGGCCCGGCCGCCGAAGACCAGCUACCGGGUGGACGGGGUUCGAGUCAUUGAGGAGCUCUCGGACGCGAGUCGCGUGCUGCUCCGCGGACUGACCCUCAACUCCACCGGACUGUACCGCUGCGAGGUGUCCGCCGAGGCGCCCAACUUCUCCUCCGUUCAGGGCGAGGGGCGGAUGGACAUUGUGUUUCUGCCCCGCGAUGGACCACACAUAAGGGGACAGCAGUAUCAGUAUCAGAUCGGCGAAUACUUGUAUUUGAAUUGCACGUCGGGCAAAUCACAUCCGGCCUCGCAUUUGCAGUGGUUUGUCAACGAGCAGCCGAUCCUGGACGAGCACUACCUGCACAAAUACAACGACAUCGUGCACAAACACGGGCUAAUCACCUCGACUCUGGGCCUGCAGCUGCCGCUGGAGCCGCGCCACUUCCACGAGGGCGACAUGCGCGUCAAGUGCCUGGCCAGCAUAUCGCCGGUGCUGUGGAAGGGGGGCAAGGAGAGCGUCCUGCAGCGGCGACCGGGGAUCAUCGACAACCGCGAGGCCAUGCUGCUGGUAAAAGGUGCAGCUGGCCACUCGGAGAGCAGCUUGCUCAGGACACUGACCAUCGCCAUCAUUCUGGCCAGAACAGGGCAGUGGCUACUUGGCUCUGAACUGACCUAAGCCAGUCCCAGAAGAUGGCCAGCACCCCAUUCGACUCGUUUCAAUUAACAAGCAUUCAUUUCAAUUCAAUUCAAUUGCAAUUGCAGAGCAUAAAUGGUGAUUUUGUAUACUUUAAGUGUAAUAUCCUUAGUUCUUAAGCGGCAAGGAAAAAACAAAAAACAGACAAAUUGGGUAAAUGUGUUAUAGCAUGUAAAAAUCAUUAAGCAACGCGAGAGGAAACGAGUUAAAUAGUAUUAAAGGCAAACAAAAAGAAGAACAAAAUAGAGAAACUCCUGUGCGCAGAGACACACAGAAUUCAAUUAGCAAAAUUGUUGAGUAACUAAAUUCCAAUCCCAUAUAUAUGACAUAUCCCCGCCCAUCGUCCCCGGAAAUCAAGCCCAGCUGAGGGUUCGUUGUGCGUAAUUUCUAUGUAAAUACUUGAAUGGUAGGAAUAAAGUCUGGGGCAAACUUUGGACUUCUGUCAAAUAAUGUCUGAGUGGCAUCAAUUUCGAAUGGUAGCUGGAAACUUUGCCAUAACAGAUGCUAAAACUACAUAAUUGCAAAGAGCAAAAAUAACGAAAAACAAAAACCAAGGGGGGAAAGUAAGCUGGAAAAGUGCUCUUCUCCCCUCCUUUAGUUACGAUUCCGGCAAGUAUUUGCUUCCUGACUCCGAAAAGUAUUUCCAAUUGUAUUUAGUUUUGUAAAUUAAGUCCGUGGGGAAGAAGCUCGAAAGGAAUUAAAUUGUUGAUGGAUCAAUUACUGGAGUUUAGUUGUCGCACAUCCUAGUCGUACGAACUGUAUAAAA